GAAUAAUAAUAACAACAAACCAAUUGCUGUAAUUAUAUUGUUUUUAUUUAUUUAGUUUAUAUUUUUAUUUAUUUAUAUUAUAAUAUAUUAAUUUUUUUGUUUUAGAUUGUAGAACCUUAUAACCCUGAAGAGGAUAUGACGGAGGAGGAAAGACAACAACAACAAAGAGAAAGAAAUGAGCGAGAAAUUCAACAAAGAAUUCGCAAUCUUUUUCGACCCAUUGCCCCACCGCCACCAGAAGCUAUUGUAGAAGAUGAACACGAAGAUGUAGAAGAAGACGAUGAAGAUGAUGAUAUUGAAAAUAAAAAUCAAAGAAACAAUUACGAAUUGAAUAUACCAGUAGUUUUACCUUCAAUUGAAUCAAUGUGCUUAGGCUGCUGCCUGUGCUUUUAUCCGUUGCGCCCGCGAAGACCAUGUUGCCAUCGUCGUUGUGGUAUGCGAGGAGCUUGCACGGGCUGUUGCAUUUGUACUUUCAAUACAAUUGAAGCAAUAAGAGCGGCCAUGCAAGAAAAAAUUGCAACUAAACGGCAAUAUUGGCUUAAUAACCCAAUGCAAUAUCAAUCUUGA